UUGGGCUCGCCUAGUCCUUCCCGCCUGACCCGCUGGCCCACCGGCCGGCCCUCCAGCGCCCACCGACGGAGUCCCAGGGCCUUUUCACCGUGGCCGCUCCUCCAGUCCCUGGAGCGCCUUCUCCUCCCGCCACUCUGGCGCACCUUCUUCCCGCCCCGACGAUGUACAGCCUGCUGGAGAGUGAGCUCAAGAACCCCGUGGGACCCCCCGGCCCGGCGGCGGGCGCGGGCGGCCCGGGCGGCCCGGGAGGCGCAGGCAAGAGCGGCGCGAACGCGGGCGGCGGCGCGAACGCGGGCGGCGGCAGCGGCGGCGGCGGCGGCGCGAACGCGGGCGGCGGCGGAGGCGGUGGCGGCGGCGGCGGCGGCGGCGGCGACCAGGACCGGGUGAAACGCCCCAUGAACGCCUUCAUGGUGUGGUCCCGGGGCCAGCGGCGCAAGAUGGCCCUGGAGAACCCCAAGAUGCACAACUCGGAGAUCAGCAAGCGCCUGGGCGCCGACUGGAAACUGCUGACCGACGCCGAGAAGCGGCCGUUCAUCGACGAGGCCAAGCGGCUGCGCGCCGUGCACAUGAAAGAGUACCCGGACUACAAGUACCGGCCGCGCCGCAAGACCAAGACGCUGCUCAAGAAGGACAAGUACUCGCUGCCCGGCGGCCUGCUGCCCCCCGGCGCCGCCGCCGCCGCCGCCGCCGCGGCCGCCGCCGCCGCCGCCGCCGCGGCCGCCAGCAGCCCGGUGGGCGUGGGCCAGCGCCUGGACACGUACACGCACGUGAACGGCUGGCCCAACGGCGCGUACUCGCUGGUGCAGGAGCAGCUAGGGUACCCGCAGCCCCCGAGCAUCAGCAGCCAGCCGCCGCCGCCGCCGCCGCCGCCGCCGCCCGCGCUGCCGCAGAUGCACCGCUACGACAUGGCCGGCCUGCAGUACGGGCCCAUGAUGCCGCCGGGCGCGCAGAGCUACAUGAACGCCGCGGCCGCCGCCUCGGGCUACGGGGGGAUGGCGCCGUCGGCCGCGGCCGCCGCCGCCGCCGCCGCCGCCGCCUACGGGCCGCAGCCCUCGGCCGCCGCCGCCGCCGCCGCCGCCGCCGCCAUGAGCCUGGGCCCCAUGGGCGCCGUGGUGAAGACGGAGCCCAGCUCGCCGCCGCCCGCCAUCGCGUCGCACUCGCAGCGCGCGUGCCUCGGCGACCUGCGCGACAUGAUCAGCAUGUACCUGCCGCCCGGAGGCGACGCGGCCGACGCCGCCUCGCCGCUGCCCGGCGGCGGCGGCGGCCGCCUGCACGGCGUGCACCAGCACUACCAGGGCGCCGCCGGGACUGCGGUCAACGGCACGGUGCCGCUCACCCACAUCUGAGC